CAGCUUUCUCCAGAAGGUGAGUCGUCUGGUGCAUAUCCCAGGCGCCACAGCACUGAUCUCGUGUGCAUCUGUUGUGUUUCGGUUGUCAGAUCACACCGACGAACAUCUGUCACGAUGGCACCGAAGCGUCGCGGCCGCAAAAAGGAGGACGAUGAUGAUUUCGUCGAGAAGAGCGUCGACAUCCUCAAGGAGCCACCAGCCGAUGAGGAUGACGGCGUGCCAUCGCCUCAAGCUGGAGGCGGCAAGGGCAAGGGCAGAGCAAAGAAGGACAAGGGCGGCGGGGCAGGGGGGUUCGGGGCACUGGCGGGAAGUGACGAUGAUGACAAGGGUGACUUCACACAUCGUGGCAGCCACACACGCACACGCACACGCUCACAGGUACCCCGACAAGUCUGCUGUAUGUCUGUGUGUUGUGUGGAUCAGCUGGUGCAUUGGCGGACGGCAAGCCAGCGGCUGAUGAUGACGAGGAAGAGGAGGAGGAGGUCGCAGCACCGGCAGCCGUGCCCAAGAAGAAAAACAGACGGGCCAAGAACAAACAAAAGGUGGGCAGGGUGCCCUGCAGGGACAGUAGUUACUAACACACGCACCAUCGAUGCGAUGCACCUGUCUGUCUGUCUGUCUGUCUGUCGGUCUCAGGGCGGGUUCGCUGCGCUUGACGAGGAUGGCGACGAGGAGCAGGAAGAGGAAGAGGGCGCCCAGCCAUCGGCUGGCAAGAAGGGCGGCGGGUUUGCGGCCCUGACAGGCGGUGAUGGGGAUGACAACGAAGACGAGGAAGAGGACGAGCCCGUGAGCUCCAUGCCGUCCACUGCAUCGAGGCGAAAACAGAAGAAAAACCGAGCAAAGGUCAGGCAGGCAGGCAGGCACCACGCACACGGCCAUCCCUUUUGUAUUGGCUUGUUUUGGCAGGGUGGAUUUGCGGAUCUUGGGGGUGAGGACGAGGAUGAGAUCAAUGGGGAGGAGGAGAGCGCGCCCGCCAAGCAAGAAGAGCCGGAAGAGGCGCCUGUUCCUGAGGCCACCCCGGCUCCCGCCGCACCCAAAGCCAAAGCCAAGGCCAAGGGCAAGAAGGGCAAGAACAAAAAGAAGGUCAGUCAGCUGCAGGGCCCCGCCGGUGGCGUGAGGCGAAUCCCUACUCAUUUCUGCUUUAUGUGUGUGUGUUCUCAGGCUGAUGACGACGAGGAUCUGGACGCCAUCCUGGCAGAGAUCGAGGGCAAGGCCAAGACGGUCGAAGCACCAGCACAAGAAGGUACACACACACAUCGCCACUCCACCUCUUGUUUGUCUGCGAGCGACUGCGUUCCUGUGUGAUGUCCUUUGGGUGCAGGCGAGGCCCCAUGGGUGGGUGCUGAGGUCGAGGCGCCCCCGGUGCUGACCAAGAGCAAGGCGCGGCAGAAGAAGAAACAGCAGCAGAAAGGGGAGGACACCGAGGACAUCGAUGCCAUACUCGCGGAGAUCGAGGGCAAGCCGAAGCCCGAGGCACCAACACCAUCACCACCACAGCCACUGCCACAGCAGGAGGAGGAGCAUCCGGCAGAAGAGGCUCCCAAAGGUAAUGAAAGCGAGGGGCCGAGAGGGGGGCAUGCAAUGCAUUGAUCUUCACGCGUCCGGAGGAACUUGUGUGGCUGCGUUGUGCAGGUGAGGCGGCUGCAGCUGCUGAGGUGGCGGCCGAGGGGGCCAAGCCCGAGGAGACCCCAGCGGCGUCAGAACCGUUAGCCGCUCCGCAAGGCAAGGAUCCGAUCCACAGUACGCACCAUACUCAGACAUGGGUGACAUGAGGAUUACGUGCGUCUGUGCUUGUUGUAGGUGCAGCCGAGGAGCCCCCCGCUCCCGAUGCUGUCACCGAGGCCACAGAGGAGACCGAAGGCACCACCGGUCUGCUGCUUUGCUCCCACACACGCGCACCUUGUGUCACUCACUGGACUGGAAUUUUGGCUCUCCGUUCUCUUGAUUUCUUGUUUCCUUGCUUGUUGUGCAGAUGGUGUGUUGGACGAGGCGGCCAAGCGUGCGUUGAAGAACAAACUCAAGAAGGAGAAGAAAAAGGCCAAGGCCAAGGCUGCCGUCUCUGACGAGACCGAGGACAAGAUAGCCGAUGACCCAGAAGCCGCGCAGGCCGCCGAGGUGAGUGACGAUAGGCGCAAAGCAAUGCCCACCGGCUUUUGUGGUGGUGAUCUAUCCCUGUGUGGUUGUCUUGCGUGUGCCUGAAGCAGGCGGCAGCUGCCCCAGCCCCUGCUCCAUCGGCUGCAGCUGCUGACAAGGGCAAGAAGAAGAAGCCGGGGCCCGUCAGCGCCGCAGCGCGAGCAGCGCAGGAGCGGAUACAGGCCAUCAAAGAGGUCAGCACACUCGAUCACAGCACCACAUGCGCGCAGAGGUCGGCACCGCAGGGGUGUGUGCGUGUGUGGGUGUGGUAGGCUGAGGAGCAGCGGAAGAAGGAGGAGGACGAGGUGCGCAAGAAGGAGGAGGAGCGUCUCCGCAAGAUCGAGGAGGAAGAGGCGCGACAGGAGGAGGAACUCAAGAAGAAACGAGAGAAGAAGGAGGCACAGAAGGUGCGCACCGCACACCAGUGGGCUGGGCGCACACAUGACUGUCAUGUGUGGGUACGUGUGUGCUUGUCGUGUGGGUGUCUUCAUCAGGUUCGUCGCCAGCAGUUAAAGAAGGAGGGCAAGUUGCUGAGCAAGGCCGAGAAGCAGCGGGCCGAGCGGGCGGCCGAAUACAGACGACAGCUCGAGGAACAGGGGCUCAUCCAGAGUAGCCAGCACCCGCACUCACACCUAUCCAUCCAUCCAUCCAUCCAUUCCGUUGUUCCCCUGUGUGUGCAGAGCGUCCCGAGGGUGAGUCAGCGCACACCGAGGGGCCCAAGAAGACAGUGGUGGUGUCCGACCGGCGGAAGAAGAGGCGGCCGCAACACGACACCAUUAAUGGGCACGAGGAGGGCGGCGAGGGCGACGUGACCAUGGCCGACGAGGGCAAGGCAGACGAGGCCAUGCAGCCUGUCGCAGACGAAACACACAAGGGUGAGCUAUCUAUGAGACACGUGGCGACACACGCGCGUGGGCGUAUGGACACUUGUGUUGUGUGUGUGUGUGUAGAUGAGGUUGAGGGAGAGGAGGAAGUGGAUGAUUGGGAGGCCCUCAUCGACGAGGAGGAUGAGUCCAAGAAACAGCCACCAGCCAUGGCUGAGCCGUCGGCUGCACCAGCCGCCCCUGCCGCCGGCAAGCCCGCCGCACCUGCCAGGGCCGCCAAACCUGAGCAAGACGUCCACAUGGUAAGGCGAGGGGCCUCCUGCCGGGUUCACCGCACCCGCAUUGAUGUGAUGUGGUUGGGGUGUGCUGUGCAUUACUCAGGAGGAGGAUGAGGAGGAGGAAGAGAGCGAGGAAGAAGAGAGCGAGGAAGAAGAGGUGCGCCGCGCCACACACAGACCAUUAUGUACCCACCCUGACUGGCACAACUUCAUUCGUGCAUCUGAUCUGCCUACCCUGCAGGAUGAGGAAGAGGAGGACGAGUCCGACGAGGACGACCACCGCAGGCCCAUGCUACGGGCCCAGCCCGUCCCGAAGGCCCCCAAGGUCGACAAGGCCACGGCGAGGCUGCGGUCACCCAUCUGCUGCAUCCUGGGACACGUCGACACCGGCAAGACCAAACUCCUCGACAAGAUACGGCGCACCAACGUGCAGGAGGGUGAGGCCGGCGGCAUCACACAACAGAUCGGCGCCACGUUCUUCCCUAAGGAGGCACUCUGGGAGCAGUGCAAAAAGGUCGGUCAGCCAGUCCAGUCCACACCCCUCCCUACCCCGUGUGUACCGUGCGACUGCAUGAAUGUCCUUUCUUCUUUCCUUGGCCGGCCAUCUCUGUCUUGUCAGGUGGAUCCCGAGCUUGAGCUGCACGUGCCCGGCCUGCUCAUCAUCGACACGCCCGGGCACGAGUCGUUCAACAACCUUCGUGCGCGAGGGUCGUCUCUGUGUGACAUCGCCAUAUUGGUGGUGGACAUCAUGCACGGGCUGGAGCCGCAGACGCUGGAGAGCCUGGGGCUGCUCAAGAAGCGCAAGUGUCCCUUCGUCAUCGCCCUCAACAAGAUCGACCGGAUGUACCAGUGGGAGGACAUCCAGUACACACCAGCCAAGGAGGCCAUCGACAGGCAGCAGCCUUCUGUCAAGGUAUGUAGGCAUCAAAUCGAGAGCGCUAUUGGGCACGGCCCGGCCCACACAGGAGGACGGCCCAUCUGACUGAUUGUUGUGUGUGGUAACGUCAGGAUGAGUUCAAGAACCGUGUGGAUCAGUCUCUGGUGGCGUUGGCCGAGCAGGGCCUCAACUGCUUCGUCUACUGGGACAACCCCGACUUCCGCAGAAACGUCAGUGUGGCCCCCACUAGCGCCAUCACCGGCGAGGGCAUCCCUGACCUGCUCAUGCUGCUAGUCAAACUCACACAGGUCAGUCAGACACACAAGCAGCCAGCCGCAGAGAGAGGGGUCCAUUACAUUCAUCCAUAUGUGUGUGUGUGUGUGGUUGUUCAGGACAUCAUGACGAGUGCCAUCGUGUACAAGGAGGAGCUGCAGUGCACCAUCCUGGAGGUCAAGAACAUCGAAGGCCUCGGCACCACAAUUGACGUUAUUCUCGUCAACGGCACACUGCACGAAGGUGCGUACACAUGACAUGGACGGACGUACCGAUCCGACGAUGCACGCAGAAGAAACACGUGUGUGUGUGUGUGUGUGUGGGUGUGUAUACGUGUGUGCAGGCGACACCAUCAUUGUGUGUGGGAUGAGUGGGCCGAUCGUCACAAACAUCAGAGCCCUCCUCACGCCACAGCCGCUGAAGGAGCUGCGCGUCAAGGGCGAGUACAUCCACCACAAGCAAAUACACGCUGCAAUGGGCGUCAAAAUCUCCGCGCAGGUUCGACCGUCCCGCCCUCACACAAAAGACGCACACCAAGGUGACGUUCAUCUCCUAUGCCUCCUCAGGGUCUCGAGGACGCUGUGGCUGGCACGUCGCUGUUUGUGGUUGAUCCUGACGAUGAGGAGAUGAUAGAGGAUUUGAAGGACGAGGUCAUGGCCGACAUGAGCGACAUAUUCAAGUCCGUCGACCGGUCCGGCAGCGGCGUAUACGUCAUGGCGUCCACGCUGGGCUCACUCGAGGCCCUCCUGGCCUUCCUCAAGGACUCCAAAAUACCCGUCUUCUGCGUCAACAUCGGUAAGCGGCGGCGCAGCGGCGCAGCAGGCCGACAUGGGCGUGGGAGUGCUAUCCGAAUGUGUGUCUCUGUGUGUAUCUGUCUGUCUGAAGGCACUGUCAACAAGAUCGAUGUCAAGAAGGCAUCGGUGAUGAAGGAGAAGGGGCACCCCGAAUUUGCCACCAUACUCGCAUUCGACGUCAAGGUCAGCUGGGCUGGGCUGGGUCUGUCGGCGUGACGCAAAGACAUGCGGCCCGGCCUUGUCUGUGUGUCGUGUCGAUCAGAUCGACAGUGAGGCGCGUAAGGAGGCUGAGCACCUGGGUGUUCGUAUCAUGUGGGCGGAGAUCAUCUACCACCUCUUCGACCAAUUCACCGACUUCAUGGCCAAAUUCAAAGAGGACAAACGGUCGGUCAGCUCAGCCGUGUGUUGAGUGAGGACCGGUCAAGGCCUACGCAAAUGCUGAAAAGUGUCGCUGUGUUGCUCUCCUGUCUGCUGCAGAAAGGAGAAGUCCAACGUGGCCGUGUUCCCCUGUGUGCUCAAGGUGCUGCCGCAAUUCGUCUUCAACAAGAAGGACCCCAUCGUCCUCGGUCAGACAGACAUGCACACGUGAAAGUGCCACCCGACUUGGCCUGCACACACUCGUUUUGUGUCCUUCGCCAGGUGUGGUGGUUGAGGAUGGCAUCCUCAAGAUCGGCACGCCCCUGUGCGUCCCCGAUAAGGAGGUAAACAGCAGCCCAGCCACGCAGAGAGCGGACAGGGGGAACAUCGGAUGGCUUGACGCACCGGCCUGGCCAAUCAAUGUACGUCUGUCUGGCUGUGUGGUCAGAACAUGCGCAUCGGUCAAGUUGGGAGCAUCGAGAACAACAAGAAACCCGUCGACAGUGCCAGAAAGGGUAAGUUCAAUAAGGUACCGACCCACCACACGAACGAACGUACCAUCAGGAACUGCAUGCGCAUUGCGCCAUGUGUUGUUAUGUGCGAAGGGAUGGAGGUGGCUAUCAAGAUUGUGGGCGACACGAGCGUUACAUAUGGCAAACAAUUCGACCAUACAAACAAGGUAAGUAAGCUGAGGUGAGGCCGCAGGUCGGUCGACACACAGCACAGCACAGCUGUGUGUGUGUGCGUUGUUUGUUCAGCUGUAUUCGCGCAUGACGCGUGACGCCAUUGACUGCCUGAAGGAACACUUCAGGGAUGACCUCAACAAGGUAGGUAGACCAAACCCAGCAGAAAGCAGGCUAGAUACAGUACUUACGUGUGGUGUGUGUCUUGUGUCAUCCUCCAGGACGACUGGAAGCUGGUUGUGGCCCUCAAGAAGGUCUUCGCCAUCACCUGACCGGCUCUUGUCUUGUCUGGCCUGUAUUGCAUCCCCUCCGCCUGUCUGUCUGACUUCGUUUCUGGUUGAUUGGUGGCUUGGCGGGGCGGCCUCUCAAACUUCCCGUACAUAUUUGUACGCAAGGGAUGGGCGGCUUUUAAUGGAUUGCGUGAUGUGAUUGUGUGUGCUCGCUGCGUGUACCUUUCUCUGACGGACGAAGUGGAGGCGAGAGGAAGGCGUAUUUUUUCAACCCGAUGCAUGCCAUCAUUGGGUGCCGUGCAGUGGGUGUGCUAUGCCUAUGUAUGUGGACAUGACAUCCACACGGCGAAUGCAAUGCAUGGACGGAGUUUGUUGUUUGUUGGAGCAAUGAAUGAAUGAAUGGAUCCAAAUGCAAGUGGGUUGAGCUAAGCAAAGAGUGAUUUAAGCAGUGCGCAGUGCAAG